CGAACAUGGCUGAGAAGAAGCACGACGGGCGGGUGAAGAUCGGACACUACGUGCUGGGGGACACCCUGGGAGUCGGCACCUUCGGCAAAGUGAAGAUUGGAGAACAUCAAUUGACAGGCCAUAAAGUGGCAGUUAAGAUCUUAAAUAGACAGAAGAUUCGCAGUUUAGAUGUUGUUGGAAAAAUAAAACGAGAAAUUCAAAAUCUUAAACUCUUUCGUCAUCCUCAUAUUAUCAAACUCUACCAGGUGAUCAGCACUCCGACAGACUUCUUUAUGGUAAUGGAAUAUGUGUCCGGAGGGGAAUUGUUCGACUACAUCUGCAGACAUGGGCGGGUUGAAGAGGUGGAAGCUCGGCGGCUCUUUCAGCAGAUCCUGUCUGGUGUGGAUUACUGUCACAGGCAUAUGGUUGUCCAUAGGGACCUAAAGCCAGAGAAUGUGCUGCUGGAUGCCCAGAUGAACGCUAAGAUAGCUGACUUUGGACUAUCUAAUAUGAUGUCAGAUGGUGAAUUUCUACAAACUAGCUGUGGAUCGCCAAAUUAUGCAGCACCUGAGGUCAUCUCAGGAAGGCUGUAUGCGGGUCCUGAGGUUGAUAUCUGGAGCUGUGGUGUUAUCCUGUAUGCCCUUCUCUGUGGCACCCUCCCCUUCGACGAUGAGCACGUGCCUACGCUCUUUAAGAAGAUCCGAGGGGGUGUGUUUUAUAUCCCAGAGUAUCUCAACCGUUCUAUUGCCACUCUGCUGAUGCACAUGCUGCAGGUGGACCCCUUGAAGCGAGCGACUAUCAAGGACAUACGAGAACAUGAAUGGUUUAAACAGGAUUUGCCCAGUUACCUAUUUCCUGAAGACCCCUCCUAUGAUGCUAACGUCAUUGAUGAUGAGGCUGUGAAAGAAGUAUGUGAGAAAUUUGAGUGUACAGAAUCAGAAGUGAUGAACAGUUUAUAUAGUGGUGACCCUCAAGACCAGCUUGCAGUGGCUUAUCAUCUUAUCAUUGACAAUCGGAGAAUAAUGAACCAAGCCAGUGAGUUCUACCUCGCCUCUAGUCCUCCAACGGGUUCUUUUAUGGAUGACAGUGCCAUGCAUAUCCCACCAGGCCUAAAACCACAUCCCGAAAGGAUGCCACCCCUCAUAGCAGACAGCCCCAAAGCACGCUGUCCACUGGAUGCACUGAACACAACUAAGCCCAAGUCUUUAGCUGUGAAAAAAGCCAAGUGGCAUCUUGGAAUCCGAAGCCAGAGCAAACCAUAUGACAUUAUGGCUGAAGUGUACCGAGCUAUGAAGCAGCUGGAUUUUGAAUGGAAGGUAGUGAAUGCGUACCAUCUUCGAGUAAGAAGAAAAAACCCAGUGACUGGCAAUUACGUGAAAAUGAGUUUACAGCUUUACCUGGUGGACAAUCGGAGCUAUCUUCUAGACUUUAAAAGCAUCGAUGAUGAGGUGGUGGAGCAGAGGUCUGGUUCUUCAACACCCCAGCGCUCCUGUUCUGCUGCUGGCCUCCACAGACCACGGUCAAGUUUUGAUUCCAGCACACCUGAGAACCAUUCACUUUCUGGCUCUCUCACUGGUUCUUUGACCAGCAGCACUUUGUCGUCGGCUUCCCCCCGCCUUGGCAGUCACACCAUGGAUUUCUUUGAAAUGUGUGCCAGUCUUAUCACUGCUUUAGCUCGUUGAUAACCCACUUCUGGUCUCUGUCUGUUGCUGCACUGUGAAAUCACGUACACUCUAAAUUAUAUCACACUCUCGGUAUUACAUGCUCUGCAAUAGAAGUUGGUGUGGACAUUCCCAGGUGACAUGCAGCGUUAUUGAAAUCACCAAAAACACAGAAAUCCGGCAUUCUGUUUACUUUUAGAACUCUACUGUGCCUAUGAUAAUAAGUUUGAAUAGGUUGUAAUGGAUGAGUGCUGGUGAAGUUUGUUAACUUAGACCUGGAAAGUCACUACACAUGAUGAACACACCUCACUGAUGAACCAGCUGAUGUAGGGGUGGUUCAGUGGGGCCUCCUUCAUGUUUAAUGCAUGUAAAUCCAAUUUGCCUCCUAAAUUUCAACAGGUAUCAGGCUGUCUAGGCACCCUUGCACAAGAAGAUUAAGAAAUAGAGUAACUGUUAGUGAAAUAUUUAAAUGUAGAAAUCUGAAAAUCCUGUCUCCCUAAAUAUCAGAAACCAAAGUCUUUUUAAUAGUUUCUGCAAGUACUACCUAGUAUUAGCCGUAAAGACUAUGUUUCUGAUAAUAGGAGCCCAGUGUCCCAGCUUUCUGACAGUUGUGCAAGGCCCCGAGUUAAAUCCCACCACUACCAAGCAAUAAAAAACCAUGCAAAAUUAGUACACAGUUCAGUGAGACAAGCAAAAUACCAACAGUCUCUUAAGAGAAAAUUCUACUCUAUGAUCUUGUUUUGUGUUUAUGAGACUAGGGUAGCAGCGGGGAGGGCCAGGAGUCACAGCCCUCUGGCAUCUUUGUUAAUUCAUUUGAAAUUUGUUAUUGAUGCCACCUCCUCCCUUUGUCUUCCUCAGUAGCCACCGUCUUUCCUCAUUUCUUUUCCCUUUCUUUAAUCCUUCAGUUCAAAACCUUGCUCUGGCCAUAGGGUCUUUGUAUACUUCCAAAGCUUGAUCUGCUGUGACCUUCACUGUUGAACCUGACUGGACAGGGAAGCCUUAAAUAUUUAAAAAUAUAUUUUCCUGGAAUAAGUAUAUGUGUUGUUUACAUAUAUAUACAUAUGUAUUG